AUGCGCGCUGGGGCGGCGGCGGCGGCAGCGGGGCAGAGCGGCGCGGGCAGCAUGGCCGGCGGGGAGCAGCGCGGCGCGCCCGGCGGCCCCGAGCGGGUGGCGCUGAAGAAGGAGAUCGGGCUGGUCAGCGCCUGUGCCAUCAUCAUCGGUAAUAUCAUUGGUUCUGGGAUCUUUAUUUCACCAAAAGGAGUUUUGGAGCACACCGGCUCAGUGGGACUUGCUCUCAUUAUUUGGGUGCUUGGCGGCGGGGUGGCUGUCCUUGGCUCGCUAUGUUACGCUGAACUGGGAGUCACUAUCCCCAAAUCGGGAGGGGAUUAUUCCUACGUCACAGAAAUUUUUGGUGGGUUAGCUGGCUUUCUGCUGCUGUGGAGUGCGGUGCUUAUCAUGUACCCGACCAGUCUGGCCGUCAUUGCACUGACCUUCUCAAACUAUGUCCUGCAGCCCGUCUUCCCUAACUGUAUACCCCCAUAUAACGCCUCCAGGAUCCUCUCCAUGGUGUGUUUACUCCUCCUGACCUGGGUGAACAGCUCCAGCGUUCGAUGGGCAACACGCAUUCAGGAUAUAUUUACAGCAGGAAAACUCUUAGCCCUGGCCCUUAUCAUUACAGUGGGCUUCAUACAGAUCUUUAAAGGAAACUAUGAAGAGCUGACACCAGGCAACGCAUUCAAUUUUUGGAUGACUCCAUCCGUGGGGCAUUUAGCAUUAGCUUUUCUUCAAGGGUCAUUUGCGUUCAGUGGCUGGAACUUCUUGAACUAUGUGACAGAAGAACUGGUUGAUCCCUGCAGGAACCUACCUCGUGCCAUAUUCAUAUCCAUCCCAUUGGUGACAUUUGUGUAUACGUUCACCAACAUUGCAUAUUUCACUGCCAUGUCACCCCAAGAGCUCUUGUCCUCCAACGCUGUGGCGGUAACUUUUGGUGAAAAGUUACUGGGCUAUUUUUCCUGGGUUAUGCCAGUCUCAGUGGCCCUAUCUACAUUUGGAGGAAUAAAUGGAUACCUUUUUACCUCAUCAAGGUUAUGUUUCUCCGGUGCCCGAGAAGGCCAUUUGCCGAGUUUGCUUGCCAUGAUCCAUGUCAAGUACUGCACGCCCAUCCCUGCCCUGCUUGUCUGUUGUUUGGCUACUCUUAUCAUCAUGCUCGUUGGAGACACAUACACGUUAAUCAACUACGUGUCAUUUAUCAACUACCUCUGCUACGGAGUGACAAUUAUAGGCCUGAUUGUGUUACGCUGGAAGAAACCCAAAAUCUUCAGACCUAUCAAGGUAAACCUCCUCAUCCCCAUCGCUUACCUGGCAUUUUGGGCAUUUCUGCUGAUCUUCAGCUUAUACUCUGAGCCAGUUGUCUGUGGCGUAGGACUCAUUAUCAUUUUAACUGGAGUGCCAGUGUUUUUUCUUGGAGUCUACUGGAGAAAUAAACCAAAGUGUGUAAAUAGGCUAAUAGAGUCCGUGACGUGCUGGGGACAGAAGCUGUGUUUUGUGGUCUACCCUCAGGGGGGAGUUGCCGAGGAGGAGGAAGCACCUUCGGCCCGCUCUCGACGACUGGCGAGCGAGACAGCCGCGAGGAAAUAACAACGCGGCUCCGAGGCUGAAGUGGCUUCUUGUUUACAUGCUGAUUUUUGCAAAAAGUUUUUCUGUAAAAGAAAGAAAAAAAUAUGGUUUUAGUGCUCCAGUAGUGAAGCCCAUAAAAUGAGCUACACCCUUUAUGGCAUCUGUAGCUUUUAGUUUUUCCCUAAAAAAAAAAAAAAAAAAAAAAAGAGGAAAAAAAGGAAAUAAAAUGUAAAAUGAGGUGCUGGUUGGUUUUUUCUGGCAGUGUACUUGCUCAGCAGGGGAAAGCAGCACAGAUACAGCUCUGGAAUACUGAUUUUAGCAGCCAUAGGAGACCAUCAGAGACAUACAAAUUUAGGCAUUUCAAGAGUGCAUUGUAUCUUCCAGUGCAAAAUCAAAGCGAAGAAAUCAAGAGAAAGCAAGGAGACCCUGGGACACCCAUCCCAGCAGGAAAAUUCCUGUUACUGUCCCUGGAAAGGGUGAAUCCCCCCGUAAUACAUGAGGUUUCAAAGUUACGAUCCAAAAGAUCAUCCCUCCACAUACCUGCAAGAGGACAGUGCGUCCGUCCCAGCACCCAAGCAGCGGUGUGGCGGGCCUCGCCAGCGGCAGGGUCGUUGCGUUGAACACUAACCUGCCUGGGCAGACCUCCAAGUAAAAAGUACAAAAUCAACAGUCUGCUUAACUCUUCAGACAUCAUUUGGUGACACAGAGAAAAAAAAUAGACAGAAGUAGCAAUAAAAUCUCAAGUGUCUCAAUUUUGAAGUGAUUUUGCAAAGGUGGAGCUGGGCUCCUGUGUCCCAGCUGGGGACAGGGCUCAUUGCACUGCCCAGGAGCUCUGCGUGAAGCUCAGCACAACCUGGAUGCAACAGGGGAGGACGGAGAUGCGGAGGGGUUUGCAGUGGGCUCAGCAGUGGGAACUCGAGGGGGACACAGGAGUGAAGCCUGACGUUUCUCCUUUGUACUGAACUGUCAGGUGAUGUCACGUUGCUUCAGAGACAAAUUCCCCAUUUCAACUAUUCUCAGCCAAGUAACAACCCUAAAUCAUUCUCACAUCAGAUGCUCUUCAGAAAGCGUUUUGCAUAUUUUAUUUGUGGCAAACACUAGAAAAAAAUCUAGUUCGCUUAUUUAAUUAAUAUAUAGAGAUUGUCUGCUGUAGCAAUAUGGCCACUUUCACACCAAAGAAUCUUUUGAAAAUGCAAAAUACGAGAACAGCUCUGAGCAAUAUUUUGAAUCGCUACUAUUCUUUUGCAACUUGUGAAAACAAAAACUUUUGAACGUUCAGUAGCCUUGGCAACAUCCAUGUGAAUUUAAUUUUAACAGUAUCUUUCUAUGUGUUGCAGGCCCUGGUACAAAAAUUAAGGGUUCAUUAAUCUCUUAGUUUGUCAAAUACCACGUACUCUACAAAGGUUUAAGAAUAGACUCAAAUAGACUCAAAAUAAGGAGUGAGUUCAAGAUACAUAUCUUUCCAACACAAUUCAUUAUUCAGAAGUAUUUUUUUUAAAUAUCUAUCCAUCUCUCUCUGAACUUUCAGAGGGUAGAUGCUAAAAAAACCACACAACUUACACUCUUCUCUUUGUAUAAGGCUGUUAAUCAUAAGAGAUUAUAAUAUAUAUUUAGCUAAAGAGAAAGGGGUGAGUUUGUAUGUACGUACGUACACAUGUAA